AUGUCCUGCCAACAAAAACAGCAGAAGUGUCAGCUCCCUGCCAAGUGCCUCCCCAAGUGCCCACCCAAGUGUCCUCCUCAGGCCCCUCAGGCCCCUGCUCCCUGCCCAGCUCCCAGCCCUGCUCCCAGCCCAGCUCCCAGCCCAGCUCACUGCCCAGCUCCUCCUCCCUCCUGCUGCAUCCCCAGGUGCUGUAUUUCUGGCUUAGGAGACUGUUGCUCUCUGUUGUCUCACCGGUUUCCAGGAGACAAAUGGCAUGAGUUUGAGGACAAGUUCUCGGAGCACUACCCUUUCCAAGCCAUCAGUGCCAUAGGCAACAGCAAUGUGCCUGCCCCUCAGUGA